AUGGCGUUUGAGAUACCGCAGCAUCUCCCAAGGAAGGCGCUUCCGCAAGAUGUUUCGUCCAAGAUCCUGAACCGAAUUGACCAGGCUUUGGUCAAAGACCUGGAUGCGAACUUGGCGAAUUCAUGGGUGACUGAGCUGGACGAGUCUAUAUCUGCCACUAAGACACGGAUUCAUGACCGAAUCCAAGAGGACUUGCCCAAGUUCCAGCACCAGUUGGAGACCUCCAAGUCUGUUCAGACACGAACUACGGCACUGGGAAAGGGGAUAGAAGAUUUGAACGAGAAGAUAUCGUCACCAUCGGGUUUACUUCCGACUACAUUGCAUAGGUUGCAGGUCCACGCUACAUUGCAGCAACAAGCAAACGAUGCAACUAUCAUCGCAGACUCUCUCGCCCAUCUCUUGAAGUGCAAGCAGCAGUACACUUCGUUGCUCUCGCUAGUCAAACUUGGAAAGUUACCGGAGGCCGUCGUAGCGUCUUCCGAGCUGGAGAAGACAUGCUCUACGUCUCCCAAGGCAUUGGAGAACGCUGUGGUCUUGAAAGAUUUGAAGCACAAGUUGCAAACACUGAAAGCACGGGUUGAAGAACAGCUCUUAGACGCCCUCUCAAAUAUCCUCAUUAUCCAACCGACCCGAUUGGCUGUCCGGAGUGAAGUUUCCAUACCCAACUCGGAUGCUACAGUAACGCUUGAGGCCAUUCUCACUUCUCUGUCUCUGCACUCGCUUGAAGACUAUUUAUCGACCUUCCGGAAGCACCUCACGACCUAUUUUGUUGAAAACGUUCUGCAGCAACCCUACUCAGUGGGCGAAGGAAUGACCAUGACCGAACGGGCUUUGAACCUUAUCCCCACGUCCCCGAAUUCCGAAUCACGUAGAAUUCGCCUGGAAAACCUGGCCCACAUAUUCGAUUUCAUUAACGCCCAUAUUUUCCCCAGACUCCCUCCCAGUCAAUCAUCUCUAUUCCUUCGCUCGCUCGCAAAACCUCUGACAGCCAGCAUCCUGAACCUGUUCUUGAUUCCUCAACUCCCAUCUUCAUUCGGCCUUCUCCCACAAUUCUUGGAAUUGGUUAAGCAGGCAGUGGAAUUCGAGGAAGAGUAUAUCAUUAAAUUAUUGAAGGUUGACGCUCGAGACCGACCGUUGAAGGAAUGGGCCAACAACCUCUCCGGUCACUACGAACGUCAGCGCAGGAACAUCAUUCUGGACAACUGUCGCUCGUUACUUAAGGAGCCUAUGUCCGCUUCGGCCACCUUCCUAGCAGAGGUACAGCAGUCUGUUGAAACCUCGUUCCCCACUGCAGUUAAUGGAGACGAAGCUCAAACGUCCCCCGAAGAAGACAGCUGGGGCUUUGACGAUGAUGCCAACGCCAAAAUGGACUUGGAACAGGCGGAGGAUAGUUGGGGAUUCGACGACGACGUCCCACAGGAAAAUGGAGCCCAGGUGGAGGACAGCUGGGGUCUCGAUGACGACGCUGCUUUGCAGGAUAGCUCAGUCGUGGACAACGGAUGGGGCUUUGACGACGACAUCGAACCGGAAACCGAGGCAACUGAAGAGGAUGUGCAGCAGCCUAAUGGGACGCAUGAAGGCUCUUCGUCUCCAUCGGAAACGCCAGACCUUGGGGAAGGGGAGCCAGAUGCGGACGAUGCAUGGGGAUUAGACCAAGACCCGGUUCCAGCAGAUGAGUCGGGGGAGCAAGCCUCUAGUGACGAUCCGUGGGACGACCCCUGGGGCGACCCUGCGCCAGAAUUGGAAGAAUCUGCACCUGCGCCAGUGCCCGCCAAAGCACCCAAGGUUGCUAAACGCCUUGAGAAGCUUGCCUCCAAAACCAAGAAGAAACAAAUGAAUGGCAGCGCUCUCCACCAUAGCCCUUCUCCCUCUCCACCGCCACCACCUCCGCCUUCGCUACCGCCUUCUUCCACCCAAGAGACGGUGAAGCAGGGUAAAGGCCGCGCUAGAACAGCUUCCGCUCCCAAACCCGCGGCCAUUGUCACCAAGGUGCACCCUCCUGUCGAGCAAUACCGUGUCACGGAACGCACGAACCGGAUCGUCCGCACAGUCGAAGAUGCCAUCGCCGAAGGCAAACAAUUUGCCGCCUCCAACCUCUUUGCCAAGUUCGCUACGACAUCUACUCCUGGAACCACCCUUUUCCAGACUGCCACCGCCGUCCUCGAUUUGUACCAGGCGUUCUAUCCAGUCAAGUUGGAGGCUGAGUUGCAAAAGAUCGAAGGUGCAUUGCAGUUCUCCAAUGACUGUCUUUAUCUCGGCGAGGCUGUCGAGAAGCUGGAGCAGGAAGUUUCAGGCCAGGCGAGUCUUAAGGAGCGACUGGAGGAGUGCAAGCGGCAUUUGGGCGUCUUGGCCGACAGCUGGCUACAGGAUGCAGUUGAGUCGGAAUGCCGUCGGCACGUUCAGCUUCUUUCCGACGGAUGCGAGGGGUUCACUUAUACCAUGGACCAAGAUCGUUAUGACGAAUGCGAAAGCACCAUCAACCAAGUCGUACGGAGUAUCAAAGAUUUGGCUAGGCGGAUAAAGCCUAUUCUCUCCAAAACAAAAUACUACCAGACCUUGGGAAGAUUCGUCGACACCGCUCUCAGCCGUACUCUUCAAGAUAUCGUGGCAUUACCUGACAUUACAGAGGUGGAAUCGCAUCGUUUGAGUGAAUUAUGCCGCAUAUUCAACUCGGUGGAAGGUUUGUUCAGCGAGGACCCCAACCAGCCUUCCUUUGUGGUCGCGUACGUUCCAUCAUGGCUCAAGUUCAACUAUAUGUCCGAGCUUCUGGAAGCCUCUCUGGCUGAUAUCACAUACCUCUUUGAAGAGGGAGCUCUCGUUGACUUUGAGGUCGACGAAUUGGUCAGAUUGGUUCGCGCUUUGUUUGCGGAUACCCCUCUAAGGACGAACACGAUCAACAAGAUCCUUGCUGGACAAUCCCAGUCUUCUUCAUAG